AUGGGACAUGUCAUGGACCUACUGGUCCCCAUCAAUGUUGCAGCACAAUCGACUAGAUCCAUAUCAGCUUCAUUCGCCCUACGGGAACUAUUAGAUGAAGUUAAACAUCUGGGCACAACGACACCUUCAGGAACAGACUUGCAAGCUCUGGUCAUGGAGAUCAUCGUUACUUUCUCCAUGAUGUUUGUCACUUCAGCUGUGGCUACAGAUUCUAAAGCCGCGAGAACUUUAUCCUCAUUCAAUGUAGGAGAGCUUGCAGGCAUGGCAGUAGGAUCAGCAAUAUGCAUUACAUCUAUUGUAGCAGGCAAUAGUAACAUAUAUCAAUGGGAGAUCAAUGAGAAGAUAACUGAGAAGCUUGAGUCAUUAGAAGCACAGUCUCCUCUGAACUUUGAGUCAUUAGAAGUCAAGAUCAGGCCUGCAAUUGUUUUCGCAAGGUCUGGAGCAACUUCGUAUAAAAGUGAAAGGAUGGCAUAA